AUGUUUGAGAUUCAUAACUUUGCCAGCAAGAUAACAACAGCUUUCCAGUAUGUUGUGUUUGAUAUUCUAGAACACACCUUUGAUCUCGGUUUGCAAAGUGAGCAACGCUGGAAAUUUGUCAGUGCUGUUACAGGGAGAUUAAAGCCAAUCAAGAAGAAAUGUAACAAUAGAAAGUACACACUUGAAGUGUUCACACUACCUGAUCUUCGGAAGAAAGCGAAACCGAUUUCUGAAGCAACUUUACUGGCAAAGGCUUCCCAAGACAAGGACUCAUCAAAGACAUUGAGACAGAAACUUGCUCAACAAAAGCAAUUGGAGAGAAACAAGCGAGUUAGGCAAAGUAUAUAUCAGAUGGCUAGGGAGGAAGAGAAUGCCAUCAAAUUUCAGAAGGCUCACGAGGUGAUGAACAACUUUUUAAUGACUUGGUUUUAUCAUGACGGGCACGUUACUCUUCAGAAUGCCAGUGAAACCAUUCCUAAUCAGAUGGAUGUCACGUCGUGCUCUGUUGAAACGGCAGCACUUGGCAAAGAGAAAGGACCUACUGAUGUCUGCUUUAAAGAUGAGUCUGAUCCUCAUCCCAAAUCUUUUGGGCAGGUCAAGGAGGAACCCAUUUUUAGUGAGACUGCUGUCACAAAGGGGGCAGAUGAAAUGGCAACACCUGUCCAUAAGAAUGGAGGUACUGAGAUUGACAUAAAGGUUGAGUCUGAUCUAGGCCUACCUCUUCGGCAUAUCAAGGCGGAGACAAACUCUGAGACCGUUGCAACACUGUACACCGGUGAAAAGGCAAUGCCUUGCCAGAAGAAUGAGCCGACAGACAUCUGUACAAAGGAUGAGCCUGAUUUUCACCCCAAAUCUCUGCCACAGAUAAAGGAGGAUGCACCCUGCAAUGGAACUGAAGAAACACUGUACAUGGACGAAAUGGCAACGCCAGGCCAGACAAAUGGACUCAAUGUCGUCUCCAUUAACAAUGAGUCUGAUCUUCACCCUGAAAUGCAGGGUGCUGUAAGAGGCUUGGAACAAUCCCAUUUGUCGUCUACAAUGGAGAGAACCGUGAAUAACCCAUACCCCUACUGCAGGAGAAUAGGUCUAGACCUUGAUGUGAAAUCAAAACUGGCAGUACAAAAUAAACUUGAUUUGUAUUCACUGACUACGGGUGUAAUGCUUGAAAUUCAUGAUUUUGCCAAUGAAGUAUGUGCGUCAUCUAAGGAGAUUGUUGUUAGUGUCAUAAAACACUAUUUCCAUCUUGACUUGGAAAACGAAAAAUUGCUACGCUCUGAAAAUAUUGGGAACAGACUAAAGCGGUUACCAAAACGGAAAGAUAUGAAAGAGAAACUCCUAAAGGAACCCUUCACGUUCACCAGUCCAGUACAAAAACCCUGCCAAAAAACAGCUGCUAAGGGAACUACUCGGCCUAAUGCAUCACUUGUGUCAAAGUGUCAAAGUUUGAAAGACUUUUCAGAAAGAAGGCGAUUGGAUGUAAAGAAAAGGAAAGAGGAAAAAACAGCCAAUGAGAAAGAGGAACCAGCCAAAAAGUUUCCAAAGCCUCAGACGACUUGUCAGGUCAAAGAACCCUGGUCAAUGAAGUCAGUCCCAGAAAUACCCACAAGGGCAGGCCUAUAUCGUCAGCAUGCCAUCUCUACAAAGUCACACAGUGCACUGAUGAAAAAGCUAAGAAAAUGUAAUGUCACACAGUGCACUGAUGAAAAAUCAAAGUUUAGACAGAUAAAGGUACCUGCUGACAUAUACCCACAGGAGGAAUCUGAUCAUCACUCUGAGCUCACAGAGCAAGCCUCUGACCCAGAAGACAGCCAAGUAGACAUGUUUAGGAAAAUGAUCCUGGAUGUAGUCAUGAGUGAUGAAGUGGACCAGAGGAAGAUCUUUACUAAACUGAUUAUAUGUGUUGGUGACCUGGCUGACCCAGAGAGGAAAUUCAAGCAAAUCUUAACUGAAUACAGAUCAGAGAUUUUGCCACACAUGGUUGAGCAAUAUCAUGCCUAUAGUGAUGCUGAAAAGGUAAUGCUGUCCCUUGUGAAUGAGCUGUUCUGUGGCCUACAUUUGAUUGACGGCUUAGCUCACCAGGCAAAAACAACUCUUCUACUGUGGGAAAAGCAGAUUUUUGGAGAUAAGGAAGUUAGAUGCUCCUCAAGCUUUGGGACAACAGAAUUGGAGUCUGGAACAGUGCGCUUGGUGAGAUCUGUGUGUGAUGCUGUCCAAGCCAAAGGGCGUGCAAAUGAUGACAGGGUUGUGAAAUUCAAAACCUUUUUGACCGGCAAAGGAGAAUUUGACGAGGUUCCUUUGGUUCCAUUCAGAGGAAAUAGACUUGACACACUCUGUCAUAAUGCUGCAGGGGUGUACAGCAUCCAUGAUGAUUUGGUGGAGUUUACCAGUGAUUACAUAGUGGACAGUAGUUUGAUCAAAGGAGUUGCUGCUGAUUUGGAGGUUCCACAGUUCAAGGCUGGAUUCAGAGCUCUGGGUCUAAUUUCUAAGAUAAUCAUUGAUCCUCUCUGGAGAGCCUUGACUUUGAAGGGAAACAUAUUGAAGAUGGAAGCACGAUACCAAACCCUUGUUACCAAGCUCAAGGAGUGGCAGGAAGAUGGAAGAGACGUUGUUGAAGGAAAUGUACGCUUGUUUGAUGACAUUGAGGUACCCAAGGACCUUGUGUUUGACAGGCUUACCAUGUGGACAGACACAGACUUUUAUGAGUUGACAGUUCAGAUCGUUGAAUUGCUACUUGCUAGUUGUCUGAGAGUAUGUGGCAAGAUGCUGUCUAGUAAUCCUGACCAUUGCAGGUAUGUUCUGCCAACAGAUGAGCUGAGAGUGAAGCUGAGGUCAAUGCCAAAGAAAGAUGCCAGCCUGCAAAGAGAUGUUGGCCUCUUGGAGCAUCUACAAAGGGCUAAAUCAGGAGCCAUUGGCAUCGCCCUAGAGGCCAUGGUCAUGUUCAAGGGGAGUCGCACCUGGGAUUGGCUUCAGUCUUUGGACAGAGAAAAAAGAAUGUCAGUGCUGAAAGCAUUUCAGCAUGCAGUUAAGCAACAAAACGUUUUGGCAAUGGAGUGCUCAAGUGUCCAGAAUGUGAAAGGCAACCGCACUAAAGCAGUUGUGAAGCCUGGACAUGCUGCCACUGAGGAGCAACCGAAACGUACUGAUCAGAACAUUGAGGGAAUGACGGUGAAGUCAGAGAUGGAUUCCGGGCUUGAGAAUGAAGUAGCCAGACCUCAACAAUCAGCCCUACAGGUCAGACCUCAACAAUCAGCCCUACAGGUCAGACCUCAACAAUCAGCCCUACAGGUCAGACCUCAACAAUCAGCCCUACAGGUCAGACCUCAACAAUCAGCCCUACAGGUCAGACCUCAACAAUCAGCCCUACAGGUCAGACCUCAACAAUCAGCCCUACAGGUCAGACCUCAACAAUCAGCCCAACUGGGAA